AUGGCGGCUGGUGGCUCAUCCACGGCGGCGCUUCCGACCUUGGCGGAUGGAACUCCCUGCUCACUAAGUGCGGUGAAGACAGCAACAAGGUAUAAAGGUGAGGCGGCUGUUAUCUUCUCCAAAGCAGAGGUUGAUAAACUAGCAACUCCUUUUCGCUGGGCUCUGGUGGGGAAAUUCUCGCACGGACGUCCUAGCCUAGAAGGGAUUCGCAAGUUCUUCUCCACACUAAAUUUGAAGGAUCAAGUCUCCGUUGGGCUCCUGGACUAUCGUCAUGUUCUUCUCAAGUGUUCCGCCGAACAGGAUUUCAACUUGGGAUGUGGGAUGUGGCAACUUGGGAAGUAUCCGAUGCGAGUUUUCCGUUGGACUAGGGAUUUCCAUGUGAAGAAGGAGUCAGCUUUGGCUCCUGUUUGGGCAUCUCUGCCGGCCCUCCCCAUUCAUUACUUUGACAAACAUUCGCUAUUCUCCAUAUUAGCUCCAGUUAGAAAGCCGCUAUUCCUGGAUUCGGCAACCGCAGCGGGCACGAGACCGAGUGUAGCGCGGGUUUGCGUAGAGGUAGACCUGCUGAAACCGAUUUGCUCCAGGGUGUGGGUGGCUGUUGAAGGAGAGCUAGGCUUUUGGCAAAACAUAGUGCUUGACGAUACACCCAAAUAUUGCAGUGCCUGUUGGAGAUUGGGGCAUUUGGUGGAGGAGUGUAAGAAGGAUGGUGCUGGGGUCAUGCACAAGGGUAAGCAAACUCUUGUACAGCAGCAGGAAGCUGCGGAUGCAGCCGAGGUGGCCAGGGAAAUACCUGCGGGUGCAGCGAAGCCUGGGGGGAUUGGGGGGCACUCCCCGUGA